CAACAUUUUGGUUCAUAAACAACAACAUUGUGGAGAAUCAUAAUUUUUUUCUCUCCCUUAUUGUGGCACAGACCUAUUGGUCCAUAUCGAAUUGAGAAUCAUAAUCGUGAAUAUACCGAAUAUACAUUAAUCUGAAUGCACAAUAUUGCCUAAAAUUUGUAUGAAAAAAUGCAACUUCCAAGCAAAUGUGUGUAAAAUGGGAGCAUCAACCGUAUACCAUGAAAAACAAAUUAAAGAGUUGUGUGCUCUUCACGCGCUGAACAAUUUAUUCCAAGAUAAAGAAUGUUACAAUAAAGUUCAACUGGACACAAUUUGUCGCAAUUUAGCUCCAAACGAUUACAUAAAUCCUCAUAGAUCGAUUUUAGGCCUGGGAAAUUAUGAUAUAAAUGUUAUUAUAACAGCACUGCACAUGAAAGAUUGUGAAGCUGUUUGGUUCGAUAAGAGAAAGGACCCUUGUUGCAUCGAUACCUCAAAAAUAGUUGGUUUUAUUCUGAACGUUCCAUCAAACUACAAAAUUGGAUUUGUUAGACUGCCAAUCCAACGGAGGCAUUGGAUCAGUGUGCGGAAGAUCAAUGGUCAAUAUUGGAAUCUGGAUUCGAAACUAGAUGCCCCACAAGCUAUAGGAGACGAAAUUCAAACCAUGGAAUAUCUACGUACUCAACUGCAAAGCAACGAUAAAGAACUGUUCAUUGUUUGUACUAAGGGAGUUGAUAAUGAUCAGAGCUGGCUGCUUCCAGAGUACAGACGAGAUGGCAUAUAAUGUUACUGAACCAUUUGUCUUCGUUUUAAAUUCUCUACAAUAACUUACAUGUUAGACAUAAUAUCGUUAAUUUAAGUAAGUUGAACUUAA